AGAAAAAAAAAAAGAAAAAACGCAUGCUGGGAAAAAAAAGGAAAAGAGUAACAAAACAAAGCACGGAAGCAAGCAGUAUAGACAGGGAGUUGUAGUACCUAACAACAACCAACCCAACGGCGAGUCACCUACCGGAAAGAAGAAUCCUUGUUAAAGCCAUUUAUAUAUAUAUAUACUACUUUCUCUCUUGAUCGUCUAGACUUCCUUGCCUGUUUCUUAUCCUCAGGAACCAAAUGUUCCCAAUGUACUAAUCACUUCAAUAGCAAGCAAUUUUCUGCUCUAGGAUGGCCAAUGGUUGAAGCAAUUGGCUGUGUUCUCCUGUCAGAGGCAGUGAAUCUGUGGAUGUUCAUGAGGACCUACUCUCUUCUUUAAUUGGAAAAUAUAAUAUGGAAAACUGGAUGCAUUGGUGAGUCAACAGGUUCGAGGACUCAAAUAAUGAAGCCAGAGUCAACUGAUGAUUCAACCAAAGCCAAUGCAAACGGUGAGAGUUGCAUAAGCGAGGGCAGUGAGUAUGUGAGACUUGUUAUAAGAAAUGAACCAAGAACAACUGAGGCUGUUAAUUUACAAUCUGAAGUUCCAGCCAGAAAAGGGUUUACUGUGUGGUGGAUCAAGGCCAUAAUAUGGUGUUCUAGUAUUGUAAUAAUUCUUCUGAUCUUCAUAAAGUGGGGAGUGCCCUUUCUUUUUGAGAAGGUUCUCAUUCCCUUCCUACAAUGGGAAUCCACUGCAUUUGGUCGUCCAGUGCUUGCCCUCGUGCUUGUAGCUUCUUUAGCUCUCUUUCCAGUAGUCCUACUUCCUUCUGGACCGUCGAUGUGGCUCGCAGGAAUGAUCUUUGGAUAUGGUCUUGGAUUUGUCAUAAUCAUGGUUGGAACAACAAUGGGGAUGAUCCUGCCAUACUCCAUUGGUUUGCUUUUCCGAAACAGAAUUCAUCAAUGGCUGAAGAGAUGGCCUCGACAAGCUGCCAUGGUUAGAUUGGCAGGAGAAGGGAGUUGGUUCCAUCAAUUUCGUGUGGUUGCAUUAUUUAGGAUUUCACCAUUCCCCUACACAAUCUUCAAUUAUGCUGUAGUAGUUACAAGCAUGAGAUUCUGGCCUUAUUUAUGUGGAUCAGUAGCAGGAAUGAUCCCUGAAUCCUUUAUUUACAUCUACAGUGGCCUGCUAAUAAAGACAUUUGCUGAUGUCCAAUAUGGAAACAUCCACUUGACUCCACUUGAAAUUGUAUAUAAUGUGAUUUCUUUCAUUAUAGCAAUCAUCACUACAGUAGUUUUUACGGUGUAUACGAAGAGGACACUUGAUGAACUUGGAAGGGAAGAAGAGGUCGAUGGUGAAGGCUCUGCCUUUGAGAAUGGCAACGGCAAGUUGGAAAUGGGGACGCUUCCCAGUGGAAAAAUCAUGCGUUUGGAUUGAUAUUUCCAACCAAACACGCUACUAGAGGAUUUUUUUUUUUUCAGUUUCCCCUCGUCUUUUAGUAGGACGUGUCUCAGGCCUGGGUUAUCUUAAGGAGCCUAGUGUAAAUAAUUUGAGUACAGAGGCCUCUUUUACACCCCUCCAUAUUUGUAACUACAAAAUGAAAAGGGAAAGAAAAAGGAAUAUAUAGAUGAUUUGCAUACUAAAGCUAUGAUGUCUAACUUGUUCAUUCUAUCCUUUCACCAAGUAAUGAUAGUCUUACUUUGUUCAAUGAAAACUUUAGUUCCUGAGAAUUAA